AUGCAGUUGAAAUAUCUGCGAACUUUGCUGGAGGGCCAGGAGCAAAUCCAACGAAUAGCAGGACUCGCCUGGUCCCCCAAUCAGCAGAGGUUGGCGAUAGCCACCGCAGAUCGUCAUAUUCUACUGUACGAUGAUGCUGGCGAAAGACGCGAUAAGUUCAGCACCAAGCCAGCGAAUCCCGCGAAUGGUAAGAACUCCUAUGUCAUCCGGGGACUGGCCUUCAGUCCGGACUCCACCAAACUGGCGGUUGGCCAGAGCGACAGCAUCGUCUAUGUGUACAAGUUGGGGGAGUCGUGGAACGACAAGAAGGUCAUAUGCAACAAGUUUCCUCAGGCCAGUGCAGUGACUGCUCUGAUUUGGCUCACCUCGGGAUCCAUAAUAGCAGGACUCGAGGACGGCAAAGUGCGUGCCCUGCACAGCAAGAGCAAUAAAUCGCAGAGUCUCUACGGCGGCGACAGCAUCUGCAUAUCCCUGGCGGCCAAUACCAAGGGAACGGGUUUUCUGAGCGGCCACAACGAUGGCACCAUCAUACGCUACUUCAUGACGGAUGAGGCCACCGAACCGCUGGGCAGAGUAGUGCAACAUCCAGUUCCACCGUUUGCCUUAGCCUGGCCACAGGGUGGCUUCUGUGCCGGUGGCUGUGAUCAGAGAAUAGUGUUCUAUGACAGUAUGGGUCGUCAACUACGCACCUUUGAUCAUUCCCGGACGGAAGGCGAACGGGAGUUCACGGUGGCCGCUUGUAGUCCGAAUGGACAGGCGGUGGCCUUUGGCAGCUUCGACAGGAUACGCAUCUUCGCGUGGAGUCCUCGUCAAGGAGCUUGGAGCGAAAGCGCAACCAAGGAGGUGGCCUGCCUGUACACGCUAAGCAGCCUCCUCUGGCGAAGAGAUGGAGCCCGACUCGCCCUGGGAUCCGUGAGUGGAGCUGUGCUCCUCUUUGAGUCCGUACUUCGACGCACCGUGUGGCAGGACAAGUUCGAGCUGAUCUUCGUGGCGCCCAGUCAGCUCUUGGUCCGAUCCUUGACAGAGCCCUCGCAAGCUCUCACUAUUGAAUCGCAGCUGGGUCUAGAGAUCGAUGACGUUAGGAUUAUGGGUCGGGAUAAUUACCUGGUAGCCCGAACGGAGGAGUCUCUUAUCCUUUGUGAUUUGACCAGAAAUUUGAGCAGUGAGGUUCCCUGGACUGCCUCUGGUCACCAUGAACGCUUCUACUUCGAGAAUCCAACCGUUUGCCUGAUCUUCAAUGUGGGCGAAUUGAGCCUGGUGGAGUACGGUGAGAACUCCAUCCUGGGAUCGGUACGCACGGAAUUCGUGAAUCCCCACGUGAUCUCAGUGCGUCUGAACGAGCGAGGAAAUGCAAAGGAAAACAAGAAACUGGCCUUCCUCUUGGAUGCCAAGACCAUAUGUGUGGUGGAUCUGAUUAGCAGGAUGACCAGUGGACAGAUCAGUCAUGAGACGAAAAUCGACUGGCUGGAAUUGAGUGAGACUGCCCAUAAGCUCCUGUUCCGCGAUAAGAAACUGCGCUUGAUCCUAGUGGAUAAUUACACUGGCAAGAAGCAGACCUUGCUCAGCAACAUAUCCUUUGUACAGUGGGUCCCCCAGAGCGAUGUUGUGGUGGCCCAGAGCAACUCAAACCUGGCCAUCUGGUACAACAUUGAUCUUCCGGAGCAUGUGACCAUGCAAAGCGUGCGAGGUGAAGCCAUCGAGGUUCUCCGUGAAAAUGGCCGCACAGUGGUUCGCUCCCAAGACGGACCCAGCGAGCACAACUACCAGCUGGAUGAGGGGCUAGUGGAGUUCGGCACUGCCGUAAAUGACAGUGAUUUCGGAAGAGCCGUGCACUUCCUGGAGUCCCUGGGUGACAAACCGGCAGCAAAAGCCAUGUGGCACAAUCUGGCUUUAAUCGCCUUGGAAGAUGGAAACCUUCGCGUGGCCCAGCGCUGCUAUGCUGCAUUGGGUAACGUAUCAAAAGCGUACUACCUGGCUGGAAUGAUCCAGCAGGCAGAUGAGUUCGAGGAAUCCUCUGGCUCUCCUGGCAUCCUCUGCCCGGAAGUCCGCGCCAAGCUGGCUCUGCUCGGCUCGGACUUGCGCACUGCUGAGCGUAUAUAUCUGGAGCAAGGUGACAUAGAGUCAGCUCUGAAGAUGUACCAACAGCUGGGCAUGUGGGAUGAGGCAGUGGCUCUGGCCGAGAGGCGUGGAUAUAACAGGAUCGCCGAGCUGAAGCAACAGCACAUGGACUACUUGCUGAGUAGCGAGCAGCAGGAGAAGGCUGGUCAGGUGCUCGAGGAGCAAGGUGAUCUCCAGCAGGCGAUGUCCCUGUACAUGAAGGCCAACAAACCGGCGAGGGCUGCUCGUUUGGCUCUGAAGACACCGCACAUCCUGCAGGAUGAGCAGGUAAUGCUGCAAGUGACUGAGGGACUUGUUCGCUCCGAGCUCUAUGAACUGGCUGGAGACAUAGCCCAUCGGCUAUCCCGGCCCGAAGCGGCACUAGCUCUUUACAGAAAGGGCGGAGCAUAUGCCAGAGCACUGGAAAUAGGACGAGUGGUGGCCCCACAGGAGGUAACGGCGCUGGAGGAGGAGUGGGGCGACUGGUUGGUGAGCCGCAAACAACUGGAUGCCUCGAUAAACCACUACAUCGAGGCGGGAGCCACGCAAAAGGCCUUGGAAGCCGCCGUGGGCGCGAAGCAAUGGCGCAAAGCAGUCCAGAUAGCCAAAGUCCUGGAUGAACCGGAGCUAAUACAGCGUUAUGCUGUGGAUCUAGCCAAGCAUCUGGCCUUCGCGGGAGAUCUGGAUGGAGCAGAGGAUAUGUUGGUGCGAGCCAACCUGCACAAGGAUGCCAUAGAGCUACUCAAUCGUCAUGGCAAAUGGGAGCGUGCCUAUUUGAUUGGCGAGAAACACCUUAAGGCGGAGCAAGUCCGUGAGCUCUUCGUUCAACUGGCUGGAACGCUGGAGGAGCAGGGCAAGUUUAGGGAUGCCGAGAAGGUCCUGAUAGCGGUCAACGAACCCGACCUGGCCAUAGCUAUGUACAAGCGGCGGGAAUUGUACGACUCCAUGAUCCGAUUGGUGGAGCGUUAUCACAAGGAUCUGCUGGAUAGCACCCACUUGCAUUUGGCUCGCCAACUGGAAUCCCGUGGUAAGCUGAAGAACGCCGAGAUGCAUUUCGUAGCCUCCGGGGACUGGAAGUCCGCCGUGCAUAUGUACUGCUCCUCUGGUCGCUGGGAGGAUGGCUACAGGGUGGCAAAGCUGAAGGGCACCGAGGGAGCCAGCCAGCAAGUGGCCUACAUGUGGGCCAAGUCAAUGCCCACAGAGGGUGCAGUUAGGUUGCUGAGUAAACUGGGUCUGCUGGACACAGCAGUGGGAUUCGCCUGUGAUUCCGGACAAUUCGAAUUCGCCAUGGAGCUGUGCAAGUUCGCUGGGAAGCCAACGGAUGAGGUGCACCUGAAGAUCGCCAUGUCGUUGGAGGAUGAGGGGAAGUUUGAGGCGGCGGAGGCGGAAUUCCUGAAGGCCAAUAAGCCCAGGGAGGCUAUUUUGAUGUACCAGCAUGCAGGCGAUUGGCAGGCGGCCCUAAAUGUGGCCGAAAAUCAUCUGCCCGAUGCUGUGGGAGAAGUACUGAUAGGACAAGCUUCGGCUGCCCUGGAAACCAGUAACUAUAAGGACUACGAAGCUCUCCUUUUGAGGGCCCAUCGUCCGGACUUAAUCAUAGAGCACUACAAGCAGGAAUCCCUCUACGAAGAUGCCCUUCGCAUCGCCGAGGAACAUUAUCCAUCGGCACUGAACGACCUGCGGCGUCUUCAAGCCCAACUUCAACGGGGACAGGCGCAGGCACAAGCUGGCGAGGAUGCCGCCUCCAUUUCGCGAUCUUAUCUGCAAAAGGCAGCAGAGUUUGCCAAGAAGGAGCAGUUUCGUAAGGCGGCCGAGUGCCUCAUGCAGAUAGAUUCCUCCAAUGCCGAGGAUGCAUCCACGUUGGAAAGAGCUCUGCUACGAGCCGCUGAGAUUUGCAAUCAGUUUUUGGAGGGUCAGGAUGCCCAGGAGUUGGCCCAGUCGCUGGGACCGCGGUUACUGGCCAUAAAGCAGAUAGGACCUGCAGCUCAGCUUUACUUGGCGGCGGAUAUGCCCAAGCAGGCGGUGGACGUGUUCAUCAAGACGGAGCAAUGGAGCAAGGCUCGUCGGCUGGCCAAGGAGAUCGAUCCAGAUCUACAGCUUCUGGCCUAUGUGGAGCAGCAGCAGAAGGCUAGCCUCAAGCACGAGGGCAACAUUGAGCAGCUGGCGGACAUAGACAUAGUGUCCGCCCUAGAUCUCCUGGCGGAGCAUGGUGAGUGGCAGCGCUGCUUGGAGAAGGCCAAAGGGCUGAAUCCCGCUCUGCUGCAGAAAUACGUGGCCGUCUAUGCAGCCCAACUUAUUCGGGAAGGCAACUGCACCACAGCCCUGGGGCUCUACUUAAGCUACGGAGCGCCACCGAUCGAAGCUCACUUUAAUAUAUACACCAGGAUAGCACUGGACUGUUUGGCUCUGAGGGAGGAGCAAACGGAGAGAGGCACCACUUGGCGCCAGUUGAGGGACUUUCUCUUCCGCUUGCUGCAGUCUCUUAAGGCCACUCCGGCGCAGUCCCAGACGAAAUUUGCAGCCAGCAUGGAGCAGUUCCUGUUAAUAGCCCACUACUACGCCACCAGAGCCGCAUGCAAGGAGGUACAGGCGCUUCAACCGGUGGCUCUGCGCUUAUCCUUGGCUCUGCUUCGCCACACGGAUCUGCUGCCGGUGGACAAGGGUUUCUACGAAGCUGGGAUGGAUCUCCGCCAGGCAGGUCGCGAAGCCGAGGCCUUCGUUAUGCUCAACCACUAUCUGGACGUGUGCGAGGCCAUUGAGGAGGGUUCCGGUCAGUUGGUAGACCACUCCGACCUGGCUAGCACCGAUUUUCCCAGUUCCGUGCCCUUGCCGGAGGAUAUCCACCUGAAGAACGAUCCCAGUCUUCACGAGGAGGUGCGUGAAUGGGUUCUCGCCGUGAGCAUGGACCAGCAAGUGGACCAACAGCUGCCCACCGAUGAUCGCGGCUUGUACGAGUCCAGUUUGGGGCCCAACGAUCUGCCCUGCAUGCUGAGUGGAUUCCCGGUAAGAGGCCGUCAACCGGUGACCUUUCAAGGAUCGAGCAACCAGGUAAACCGCGACGUGUGGAGCAAGUUCUCGGUCGCCUUGAAGAUGUCACCGGGCAGCGGAAUUGCCGACAUCAUUUCGUUCACCGAAAAAUGGCAGGGAGCAGCCAACUACGUGAUGCAUUGA